CCCCGUUGCUAAGAGACUCGGGGACCCCGUUGCUAAGAGACGCGGGGACGCUCAGAACAGCAACGAGAAGCGGCGAGGUCUUAAACCGAAAAGGCCGUCGGCUUUGCUCGACAAGACAUCGGGAGGAUAAGAGGCGGAUAAACAGACAAUAAGGAACGCGACCACCAUGCCCCCUCCCGAGGAGAUGUACUGUGCGCAGCAGAUCCACGUGCCUCCGGAGCUACCUGACAUCCUCAAGCAGUUCACGAAGGCGGCCAUCCGCACGCAGCCACGAGACGUGCUCACCUGGGCCUCCGCAUACUUCCAUGCAAAGGUGCGGGGGGAGCCACUGCCUGUGAAGGAGCGUCUGGAGAUGCCCGUGGCUACGCAGAGAGAUGACACCGGCCUCACUCCGGGCCUUCUGCGCACCCUACACACCCAGAUGGACAGCAAUGAGUGGGUGGCCCGUGAGGUUCUGGAGGAGCGGUGGGUGGCCCUGUGCCUCCCCGUCGAGCAGCUCUCCAGCCUGCUGGCCCUCGGCUCGUUUGGGCCAAAUGUGGAAUGGAUCAAGUUUUUCGCCCUGGCCUGCAGCUCUCUUGGAGGCACGCUGGCCCGUGCCCUACAACACGCUUGCGAGCUGCUAAGCACGGACCCAGAGGGCGGAGCGGCGCGUGUGCCUGUGAAAGUCUUCGAGCAGCUCUACUCGUACCUGGCCGAGGUGGAUGGGGACAUUCCGCAUGCGCACGUCGAUGCAGUGCUGCUCUACCUGCAGGCUCAGGCAGACAGGCAAGACGGACUGGUGAUGCCGCGGAAUCUGAACCAGGCUGACUUCCCUGGCCUAACCCCUGCCUGACCCCCGAAACCUGGCUUCUGCCUGGUCACUCCAGUGCUCACGUCCGACACAAAGACCAAUCGAAGACCAAUCACUACCGUGGACCACCUCUGCCUCCAGAACCGCUCUCAGUUUCCCUGGUAGAGCCACUUGCAGGUGUCCACCCAAGACGCUCUUAGCACUCCAUCCAGGUCCCCAUGCUCUGGCUAGGAGCUCUCUCUCUGUCAACACCUCGUGUGAUGGACGGGGCUCGAGUGGCAGGUUAGGGUGACAACGGCCUUGCUCGGAUAGUCAAGAAGUGAUAUAAUCUUUAUCAUCAGUGUUUUGCUAUGUUUCAUCAAUAAAUGCCGAACGUGAUUAAUGAGUCAAUACUCA